AUGCUGAGCAUUGCCCUUUCAACGUAUGUUGUGAGCAGUACGCAUAGCAGCCUGCAGAACAAACAGGGACUGCCGGAAUUCAACCAAAUCAUCAGCUGGACAACUCUAGUUUCUUCCUCAGUGUUGCCUUUCCUGAGCCCCACGUUGCUCUUUCAGCGACUCUUCAGCAUUCUGCUCUCUCUGAUGUCCGUCUACCUGCUCCUCAGCACCGGAUAUGAAGCUCUCUUUCCACUGGUGUUGUCCGGUUUGAUGUUUGCGUGGAUAAGCAUGGAGCAAGAAGCAUUGCAGCACUACAGUCUUUCACUCAAACCAAAGCUUGCUGUUUUCAGCUUCUCCUACACCACUGAUAUAACACAGUUUCGACAGCUCCACUUGGAUGACGUCCGUAGGUCUUUUUUCUUUGUUUUCUUCAUAGUGACAGCCUUUUUCGGCACUGGCAACAUCGCUUCUGUUAACAGUUUCGAUCCAGCUUCUGUCUAUUGUUUCCUGACCGUGUUCAGUCCCUUUAUGAUGGGAGGCUUGCUUGUGCUGAAGGUUGUAAUCCCAUUUGUUUUGGUAUCAUGUGCUUUCGAAGCUGUCCAAGUCACAACACAACUUUCUUCUAAAAGCCUCUUCCUCAUUGUUCUUGUGAUUUCAGACAUGAUGGCUCUGCACUUUUUCUUUUUGGUUAAAGAUUAUGGAAGCUGGCUCGAUAUUGGAACAAGCAUUAGCCACUACGUGCUGGUGAUGUCCUUGACCAUAUUCAUGAUGCUGAUGAAUGGACUGGCCCAGCUGCUGACUACAAAGAGGCUUGAACUUCCCAGAAAGACUAAGCACCAUUUGACGUGAUGACGUGUUAAAUGUUCCUGCAGAUUUUCCCACCCUCAGCCUUUCUGUGAACCAACCUCUGACCCUGGAAUGUAAAUACAAGCUAACAGACUAGAGUGCCAAAAUCCCAUCCAGGGAUCAGAGUGCUCUGCUGAUACAGAUUAAAUGAUGUCCCGGGGCUGAAAUUUGUGUUUGGAGAUUGUCAUUUAGACAUCAGCUGGGCU